CGGCGGGCGGGCGCGAUGGCGGAGGCUGGGCCACAAGCGCCGCCGCCCCCGGGCACCCCAAGCCGACACGAGAAGAGUCUGGGACUUCUCACCACCAAGUUCGUGUCACUUCUGCAAGAGGCCAAGGACGGCGUGCUUGACCUCAAGCUGGCAGCUGACACCCUCGCCGUGCGCCAGAAGCGGCGGAUUUACGACAUUACCAACGUGUUGGAAGGUAUCGGGUUGAUUGAGAAAAAGUCCAAGAACAGCAUCCAGUGGAAGGGCGUGGGGCCCGGCUGCAAUACCCGGGAGAUUGCGGAUAAGCUGAUGGAACUCAAGGCUGAGAUCGCGGAGCUGCAGCAGCGGGAGCAGGAGCUGGACCAGCACAAAGUGUGGGUGCAGCAGAGCAUCCGGAACGUCACGGAGGACGUGCAGAACAGCUGUUUGGCGUACGUGACUCAUGAGGACAUCUGCAACUGCUUUGCUGGAGACACCCUUCUAGCCAUCCGGGCCCCAUCGGGCACCAGCCUGGAGGUGCCCAUCCCAGAGGGCCUCAAUGGGCAGAAGAAGUACCAGAUUCACCUGAAGAGCACCAGCGGGCCCAUUGAGGUGCUGCUGGUGAACAAGGAGGCAUGGAGCUCGCCGCCUGUGGCCGUGCCGGUGCCACCACCCGAGGACCUGCUCCAGGGCCCACCUACUGUUCCCACCCCUCCACUGCUGCCCAAGCCUGCCCUGCCUCAGCCUCAGGAAGCCUCACACCCAAGCAGCCCCCAGCCGGCUGCUCCUGUGCCCAUCUCCAGCAGCAGCAUGGAGGCCCAAGGAGUGGCUGCCCCAGCAGUAGAGAGCACAGGUCAGCCUGGUGGUGGCUCUGGCCCAGCUUCCUGCCCACCGUGUGACGGUCAUGUGGUUGCAGUGACCUGCGGUCCUAGCCCCGAUAGCCACGACAGCGGGGAGCCGGGCGCCCUCCCCCUGGACCCGACGGCACUGGACACUCGGCCACUGCAGUCCUCCGCCCUGCUGGACAGCAGCAGCUCAGCCGGCCCCAGCCCUUCUACCUCCUUUGAGCCCAUCAAGGCGGACUCCACAGGCGUUCUGGAACUCCCCAAAGAGCUCUCCGAAAUUUUCGAUCCCACUCGAGAGUGUAUGAGCGAGGAGCUGCUGGAGGAGCUGAUGUCCUCAGAAGUAUUUGCCCCCCUCCUACGCCUCUCCCCGCCCCCUGGAGACCACGAUUACAUCUACAACCUGGACGACAGUGAAGGCGUGUGUGACCUCUUUGAUGUGCCUGUUCUCAACCUCUGACUGGCAGGGACUUGUCCUGUGUGGCUGGGACACAGACUGUCUGACCUGGGGGCCCCCUGCCCCUGCACGGCCCCUGGCUUCCCCAGCCCUCCCUUGGCUCCCUGCCCAAGCCGUGCUGGGAGAGGUAGGAAGGGGCUCGCUGCCCUCCGUGAGCCAGUGUCAGCCUCUGUUCCUGGGGCCUUUCUCCCCAGGCCCUGGCCUUGCUGCCACCCAGAGGCGCAGGCCGGAGACCCCGUCAUCGUCCCCUCCCCGCAGGGCUGCGUUCAGCCCCAGUGCCCAGCUCCUGGCUAGUUCCCACCCCCAAGGAGGGAAGGGUGGAGUUGGGGGCUUAACCAGCACCACCCGGAGAGCCCUCGCUGCUGUCCACCCUAACCCGACUGCUCCUGCUGCCCUUCAGGCCCCUGUGCCCUGCCCUAGCCCUGAACCUGUGGGGGCUAACCUGGAGCGCAGGGAUCUCUAGCUAGUCUUUCGGAUGGGUCAGCCCUGGAGGGUAGCCCACCCUCUUUGUUCAUUCCCCCCCCCCCCUUAGAGCCAUUUGCAGAGAUUUAGAAAGAUUUACAGUAAUGGAUUCCUAUAUAAAGAUUAUUUUUAUACUUUUUGCA